AUGUCUUUCUUUGUCUCUCUCUCUCUCUCUCUUUCCAUUUCUUUCUUUUUUAUUCCUUCCAUUGAUUUUGUAAUUCGUUCAUUCUUUAUUCUUUCUUUCAUUGUUCUCAUAAUGUUUUUAGUUUUCUUUCCUCUUUUCUUUCCUCUUGUGAUUCAUUUAUUUUAUAUUUUUCCCAUUCUUUGCAUUCUUUGCCUCUUUCAUUCUUUUUUGCUUCCUUCCAAUAUUCUUUUUUCUUUUUCUCUUAUUAGUUCCAAUGAUCGUGUGAUCCAUUUGUUCCUUCUUUUCUCUUUUACCGUUUUUGCAUUCUUUCCUUCAGUUUUACUUUUAUUUUAUUCCAAUGUUCUUGUCAUUCUUUCUUUCUUUCUUUCUUUCUUUCUUUCUUUCUUUCAUAAUCUCAUCAUUCAUUCUUCUUUUUUUCUUUUGCUUGCCAUUCUUUUUAUUGUUCGUUCUUUUUCUUUUCUUCUUUCCAGUGUGUUUGUGGUUCUUUCUUUCUUUUUUCUUUCUUUCAAUGUUCUUGUCAAUAUUUUAUUCCUUUCUUUUUCUUUUUCUUUCUUUUUUUGUUUCUUUCAGUUUUCUUGUAAUUCUUGCUCUUGUAAUAUUACACGUAUAAUUGAAAUGCCACUGCUCGUCAUUUCAACGAAUUCUUCUCCUGAUGAAUACAUAGUUUGUGAGCUUCAAAUAUUGUUGUCACUUAGUGAGGAUCUUUUCUAA